AUGAAUAGUGAUCCGGACGACUGUCUUACUAGAUUACCAAUACCAAAUUUAAAUGAUACGUUAAAUAAAUAUUAUGAAACUAUCGAACCAUUACAAGAUGUAAAACAAAAUGAAAUAUUUAAAAAAAAUCUAUUCUCUGAUGAUAACUUACAAGUAUUAACAAUUUUAGAUAAUGCUUUGAGAGAAUAUGAUAAAUUAUUAGAAUCAGAAAAUCCAAAAAGUUCAUACAUUGAACAAUUUUGGUAUGACGCCUAUUUAUUAUAUGACGAAAGUCUUGUAAUGAAUAUCAAUCCUUUUUUCCAACUUGCUGAUGAUCCAACAAUCAAUAAUAAAACUUUUUAUGAUAAUAUUUCAAAUGGCAGUAUUAAUUAUAUUUAUGGUGAAUACACUUUACAAAUUAAAAGAACUACAAAAUUGGUAAAUUCCAUUUUAAAAUUCAUUAGGGAAAUUCGUCAUAAUAAGCUAAAAAAGGAUUACAUUAUCAAAAGAGAUAAAAAUGGUAAUAGAGUUAAUGUUAAUUUAUCAAUGGAUCAGUAUGAUAAAUUAUUCGGUUCAAGUAGAUUACCGCCUUCAAAAGAUAAUGAUUAUUCUUGUAACUUACAAACUGAUAAAACAUCACAUCAUAUUAUUAUAAUAUACAAAUCUCAUUAUUAUUGGUUUGACGUUUUGGAUGUUAAUAAUAACCCAAUUUUCCAAAAACCUGAGGAUUUGGAAUGGAAUUUAUUUUCAAUAAUAAUGGAUUAUGAAACGAAUCCAAAUACUUCCUUACCAUUCGGUGUUUUCACUACAGAAAAUAGGAAAGUUUGGUCAAAUAUAAGAAAUUACAUAUUUAACGAAGAAGAUAAAACUAAUUAUCAAAACUUAAAACUGAUUGAUAGUGCAUUAUUUGUUAUCUGCCUGGAUGAUAUAGAAUUUGAUUCUACAAAUGAGAAUGAACUGGUCAAAUCAAUGUUAUGUGGGACUUCAAAAAUCGGUUUUACCAACAAAACUGAUGCUGGAUCAAAUGAAGAUAAAAUGGAGCAGACAUUAGGUGUUCAAACUGGUACUUGUUUGAAUAGAUGGUAUGAUAAGUUACAAGUUAUUGUAACAAAAAAUGGGAAAGCAGGAAUUAAUUUUGAACAUACAGGUGUAGAUGGUCACACAGUUUUAAGGCUAGCGACUGAUAUUUAUACUGACUCAAUUUUAAGCUAUACCAGUACAAUUACAGAAAACACUCCAAAGAUAUUUAGCAAUGAUAUUGGAAGAUCAUCAAUGGAUAAUGGAGAAGAAGCCAAAACAGCGAAUGUGAUUACAAUUCCUAGGAAGUUAGAGUGGAAGAUGGAUUCCUUUUUAUCAUCAUCAUUACAUUUUGCAGAAACUAGAUUAUCUGACUUGAUUUCUCAAUAUGAAAUGGUGACACUAGACUUUGAUAAGUAUGGAUCAUCUCAUAUUAAGUCUAAUUUUAAAUGUUCACCAGAUGCAUUUACCCAACAGAUUUUUCAAAUUGCAUAUUAUUCAUUAUAUGGUAAAUUUGAGAAUACGUACGAACCUGCAAUGACUAAAACAUUCCAAAAUGGUAGGACCGAAGCCAUUAGAUCAGUGACAUUGGAAUCUAAAAAUUUUGUUAAAUCAUUAUUUGAUAAAGAUGCAACUGAUGAAGAUUGUAUUAAUUUUUUACAUGAAGCAUGUAAGAAGCAUUCUCACAUUACUAAAGAAUGUUCAAUAGGGUUGGGACAAGACCGUCAUUUAUAUGCACUUUAUUGUAUAUACAAAGAAAGAUUCGAAGAUACUUUGCCAAUACCAAUAAUAUUUAGAGAUAAAUCAUGGAAGAUAUUAAAUAAGAAUAUUUUAAGUACCUCAAAUUGUGGUAAUCCAUGCUUAAAGAAUUUUGGAUUUGGCCCAGUUACACCAAAUGGAUUUGGAAUAGGAUAUGUCAUCAGAGAUGAAUCCAUAUCAAUAGUAGUAUCAUCUAAACAUAGACAAACCCAAAGGUUUGUAUCAUUGAUUGAAAGGGCAUUUCUAGAGGUUGAUCAUAUAUUCCAAAGACAAUAUCCAAGCAAUGAUAAUUCGAUAUCACAUACCAAUAGUAAGAAUGAGAAAAAUUUCAAUUCCUUAGGGUCUUUACACCGUCCAAGAAAGAAACAACAUCCAAAAUCAGAAGAUUUAACAUACUUAUUGGGUGGGUAUGAUUAUUUUGAUGUGAGUGUGACCGGAUGA